AUCGUCACGGUCACACUGGAACAGCUAUUUUUGCCGCCAAUUCCAGCACGAAAAUUUGCAGCAUAAACAAAUUCCGAAUUUAGCAACUUAAACCUGCGCACAUGUCCGAUUCACCCUCUGGUCCCCGCGUCAAGCGGCAGCGAAUCGACAAAAAUGGUCGCUUUGCUGCCUUGGAGAAACUGCGUCAAUUGAAGGGAACCAAAAACAAAUGUGAUGUGGCGGAGGAAGUGGACAAUGUGUACGAGGUUGUGGAUGAGCGGGAGUACACCAAGAGGGCGCAGGAGAAGUACGGCGAUGACUGGAUCGAAGAGGAUGGCACUGGCUAUGCGGAAGAUGGUCGCGACUUUUUCGAAGAUGAAGACGAUUACUCCGAUGAGGGUGACGACAAGAGGGACACCAAGAACAAGAAGAAGAAUGUGGCCAACAGCAAGAAGCGGCCGCGGGAGAGUGAAAAGCCAGUGAAGGGCAAGGCGUCCAUCAAGAAUCUCUUCAGCAAUGCUGUGCCCAAGAAGACGGACGUGAAGAGCAGCGUCAAAGAUGAUGACAUCCUAGCCGAUAUUCUCGGGGAAAUGAAGGACGAACCAGGCGUGGCACCCAAAAAGGUGGAGAAGGUGAUUGCCCCGGCCAAAAUCGUGUCGGCGACACGCAAAUCGGAGGCGGCCGCGGCCAAGGAAUACAUGAACAGCUUCCUCAACAACAUCAAGAUCCAGGAGCAGGAGCGAAAGAAGGCCGAGGCCAGCAGCGAUCAUGAAAUGUUGGAGCGCAUCCUCAAGCCCAAAGCGGCAGCCAACAAGAAGGUAGUCGCGAAUGCGGCACAGCCCUCUGCUCUGCCAAUCAAGAAUGAGCCACCGUCUGCCAAGAAGAGGGCGGCUACGCAGCCCGCAGAAGCCACAGAGGAUCCGUUUCCCGACAACGACAUGGAUUUCAGUUGCCUGGACGACGACGAGAAUCAGUUUGAGGUGGUGAAGCCCAAAGAGGAGACUGCCGCACGCGUCCCAGCCAAGCCAGAGCCCGCCACCAGCCCGCCGCCAGUGGAGCCCGAGGAUAUGAGCAAGCUGCUGAGCAACUGGGAGUCCAUCUGCCAAAUGGACGAUGACUUUGAAAAGUCCGCGUUAACCGCGGAGCAGGAGACGUCCAUUACGUCCAAUAAAAUGCUGCGUUUCUGGUACUGGGAGGCCUAUGAGGAUCCACAGAAGCUGCCCGGCGAGGUCUUUCUGUUUGGUCGCAUGGCGGAUGGCAAGUCCAUCUCGGUGCGCGUGCAAAACAUCAAUCGAGUGCUGUAUCUGCUGCCCAGGCAAUAUCUGCUGGAUCCCAUCACCAAAGAGCCGACAAAGCAAAAGGUAACCGUGGCGGACAUCUACAAGGAGUUUGACAGCAAAGUGGCCAGCGAUCUGAAGCUCGAGACCUUCCGUUCGCGCAAGGUGAGCAAGAACUUUGCCAACCACGUCAUUGGCAUCGAUGUGCCGCAGACAUGCGACUACCUGGAGGUGCACUACGAUGGCAGGAAGCAGGCACCGAAUGUGGCCCACAAGAAAUACGAUUCAAUAGCGCACAUAUUCGGUGCUGGCACAAAUGCCCUGGAGCGAUUCCUGCUGGAGCGCAAGAUCAAGGGCCCCUGCUGGCUGCAGAUCAGCAACUUCAAGGUGCCGUCACCGCUGAUGAGUUGGUGCAAAACGGAGGUGACUGUGUCGGAGCCAAAGAACGUGGAACUGGUGCAGGAUAAGGGCAGCAAGCCAGCUGCCCCGCCAGCUCUAACGCUGCUCGCCCUGAACGUGCGCACUUCGAUGAACCCGAAGACAAUGAAGAACGAGAUCUGCAUGAUCUCCAUGCUGACGCACAAUCGCUUCCAUAUCGAUAGGCCGGCGCCACAGCCCGCCUUCAAUCGGCACAUGUGCGCCCUAACGCGGCCGGCGGUGAUUAAUUGGCCCUUCGAUCUGAACAUCGAGGUGGCCAAGUACAAGUCCACAAAGAUCUACAAACACGAUUCGGAGCGGUCGCUGCUCAGCUGGUUCCUGGCCCAGUAUCAGCAGAUCGAUGCCGAUCUGGUGGUGACCUUCGAUGCCAUGGACUGCCAGCUGAACGUAAUCACCGAUCAGAUUGUGGCCCUCAAGAUACCGCAGUGGUCGCGCAUGGGCCGCUUGCGGCUCAAGGAUUCAUUUGGCAAGCGUCUGCUGGACCACUUUGUGGGGCGCAUGGUCUGCGAUGUGAAGCGUUCGGCGGAGGAGUGCAUCCGGGCGAGAUCCUACGAUUUGCAGUCGCUCUGCCUGCAGGUGCUCAAGCUGCAGGAGUCGGAGCGCAUGGAGGUGAAUGCCGAUGAUCUGCUGGGCAUGUACGAAAAGGGAGAGAGCAUCACGAAGCUCAUCUCGCUGACCAUGCAGGACACCAGCUACAUGCUGCGCCUCAUGUGUGAGCUGAAUAUCAUGCCGCUGGCCCUGCAGAUCACCAAUAUCUGCGGCAACACCAUGACACGCACCCUGCAGGGCGGUCGCUCCGAGCGCAAUGAGUUUCUGCUGCUGCACGCCUUCCACGAGAAGAACUACAUUGUGCCCGACAAGAAGCCGCAGCGUGGACGCGCCGCCGAUUCCGAUGCCACCUUUGGCGCGGAUGCCACGACGCUGCCAGCACGCAAGAAGGCCGCCUAUGCCGGCGGUCUGGUGCUGGAGCCCAUGCGUGGCCUCUACGAGAAGUUCAUCCUGUUGAUGGACUUCAAUUCGCUGUAUCCCAGCAUCAUUCAGGAGUACAACAUCUGCUUCACCACCGUCCAGCAGCCGGUGGACGCCGAUGAGCUGCCCACGCUGCCCGACACAAAGACGGAGCCGGGCAUCCUGCCGCUGCAGCUGAAACGUUUGGUCGAGUCACGUCGCGAGGUCAAGAAACUGAUGGCUGCCCCGGAUCUAUCGCCGGAGCUGCAGAUGCAGUACCACAUCAGGCAGAUGGCCCUCAAGCUGACGGCCAAUUCGAUGUACGGAUGCCUGGGCUUUGCCCAUUCGCGUUUCUUUGCCCAGCAUCUGGCCGCUCUGGUCACGCACAAGGGCAGGGAGAUACUCACCAACACCCAGCAGAUGGUGCAGAAGCUCAACUAUGAUGUGGUCUAUGGCGACACGGACUCGCUGAUGAUCAACACGAACAUCACGGACUACGAUCAGGUGUACAAGAUCGGGCACAGCAUCAAGCAGAGUGUGAACAAGAUGUAUAAGCAGCUGGAGCUGGACAUUGACGGGGUAUUCUCGUGCCUGCUGCUGCUCAAAAAGAAGAAGUACGCCGCCGUCAAGGUGAGCAAGACCUCGAAGGGUGUCCUGAAGCGCGAACAGGAGCACAAGGGUCUGGAUAUUGUGCGUCGUGAUUGGUCCCAGCUGGCCGUCAUGGUGGGCAAGGCCGUGCUCGACGAGGUUCUGGCCGAGAAGCAGCUGGAGGAGAAGCUGGAUGCGGUUCAUGCCCAGCUGGAGCGUAUCAAGGAUCAGAUAGCCCAGUCGGCUGUCCCCCUGCCGCUGUUCGUGAUCACCAAACAGCUGACGCGUGCUCCCCAGGACUACGUGAACAGCGGCUCCCUGCCCCACGUUCAGGUGGCGCUGCGCAUGAACCGCGAACGGAAUCGCCGCUACAAGAAGGGCGACAUGGUCGACUAUGUGAUCUGUGUGGAUGGCAGCACAAAUGCCGCCAUGCAGCGCGCCUAUCAUAUGGAUGAGCUCAAGGGCAGCGAGACGCUCAAGCUGGACACCAGCUACUAUUUGGGCCAUCAAAUACAUCCGGUGGUCACGCGCAUGGUGGAGGUGCUGGAGGGCACCGAUGCCAGCCGGAUUGCCGAAUGCCUGGGCAUGGAUCCCACCAAGUUCCGACAGAAUGCACAGCGCGCCCAGCGGGAGAUCAACGAGCAGACCGAGGGCGAGUCCCUGCUGAAGACCACCCUCCAGCUGUAUCGGCUGUGCGAGCCCUUCCGCUUCAACUGUGUGACCUGCAAAACCGAACAACUGAUGGCCAGCGCCUACCGGCCGGGCGUCAGCCAUUCGCAUGAGCCCGUACUCCAACAGUGCGCGAAUUCCGAGUGCCAGACCGCACCAUUGCAGUACCUCGUGAGCAUACGGAACCAGCUGCAGCUGGCCAUGCGGCGAUAUGUGCAAAGAUUCUACAAGAAUUGGCUGGUCUGCGACCAUCCAGACUGCAACUACAACACGCGGACGCUGACGCUCAAGAAGAACAUCCGGCGACCGCUGUGCUACAAGUGCAAGAGCGGCAGCCUGUUGCGCCAGUACACGGAGCGGGAUCUGUACAAUCAGCUUGGCUAUCUGCGCUUCAUCUUCGACCUCAAUAAGCAGCAGCUCCAGCAAAAACCCACCAUGACGCCGGAGCUAGAGCAGGGCUACCAAAUGCUCUACGAGACUGUGGAUCAGCACUUGCAGAGCUCCUCCUAUGUGGUCAUCUCGCUGCGUAAGCUCUUUGGCCGCACCCUGACACUGAUGGCACUGCAACCGGCGAGGCCGCGACCCCACAACGAACUGAUCGCCAGCACUUUGGCAGAUGUUUAAACAUUUAAUUAACUAGUUAACUAGCCUUGCUCUAUGGAUUUCCAUUAAAUAUUACACGUAUGUAUAAAACUAUGCAGAUCAGGUGGCGCUGAGGAAACUCUCGAGGGGAAAGUAGCGAAAGGAUUCGUUGAAGAUGUCCGUGAAGGCGGUGCUCACCAGCUCAUUGAUCAUGGGCUUGACAAAGGGCAGCCCUAGAUGCCACAUGCUAUUGAUGACGCCAUCGGCCAGCGAGUUGAGCGUCUGACCAAGCAGAUUCCCUAUGUGCAGUUCCAUGCCGCCAAUGCGAUCGACCUCCACAUGCACUUUGAGCAGAGAUCCUGGCCCG